AGAACAUACACACACACUCAACACUGCAUGCAAAUACGUACAUGUCCUCUCUAUCUCUCUUUCCAAUUCAUUUACAAGAAAGCUUAGAAAAACACACACACACACUCUCUCCCACUCCUCUGGCUCUUCUGGAGAACUAUAUCUAUCUUUCUUUGCCUCAUCCCUUUCCCCUCCCCUCUCUCUCUCUCUCUCUCUCUCUCUCUCUCUCUGAUCAGUGCUAGCUAGUUAGUUCCUCAUCUAGACGCUGGAGGCUUCACACAGGAUUUGCUCUGUGUUCAGUCUACACACACACACACACACACACACACACACAGAGAGAACACAUACACAGAGACACAUGGACACAGACAUGAGCUCAGGGGACGUGGUGUGUACCGGAUGGCUCGUCAAAUCCCCGCCAGAGAAAAAGCUCAAGAGAUACUCAUGGCGAAAGCGUUGGUUUGUCCUCCGAAGGGGCCGGAUGAGUGGGGAUCCAGAUGUUUUGGAAUAUUUUCGUAGUAAAAGCUCACGGAAACCCAUCAGGACCAUUGACCUACAGGAGUGUGAGGUGACAGUGCAGACGGAGGUGUGGCCCAUUAAACGACACCCACCCAACCAGCACCUGUUUGUGGUCAAAACAGCCAACCGUGUCUUCUACCUGCUCGCAAAAACGGCAGAGGAGAUGAACUGCUGGGUGCGAAAUAUCGGCCAAAUCUGCACAUUCUCUGCCCUCAACGACAGCACAGAAUCGAUGGACAGUCUGUCUCACACUCCCUCCUCCCAGCAGCCCUCUCCAGCUCUCUCCCCUCACAUCCCUUUCUCAGCCACAACUGCCAAUGGCGACACUGCGGUCAGAGACACACCCAGUGAGUCGGACAGCAGUCCGCCUCUCGACUACCUCUUCCUGUCUCAGUGCGAGACCGGCAGGAAGUGCAUCACCAGGAGUGACAGCAUGUCUAACUCGGAGCGUUCAUUUGAGCAGAGUUCGUUAGAGAACAUGUCGGAGGAUUUGUUUAUCUCUCCAGCGGUGACUGACCCGUCCCCCUCACCGUUCAGCAGUGCUCCCUGCUACCCGCUGCCCCUGUCCUCCUCCGCCUCGCUCUGCAGCGGCCCUGGUGACGUGUUCCGCUUCGAUCGCCCGUUCUGCUCCUCCCCCGACACACACACACCACCACCACUGCCCCCGAAACCAACACACCUCUCAGAUCAUCACAGCAACGAUGACCCCACACGUAACCACAGCCAGCCAAACCUCCUACCCCGCAGAACGUCUGUCUCAGGUCUGGAACAUUUCAGAAGAGAGUUUGAAAUCAGUUCGAAAGUUCACCGAAACAAAAGACUGAGUCUCAACCUGCCAAUGUUCAUGCCCACCACUGUGUCGCAGAGCCAGUCAGAAGACUUCUAUGUGCCUAUGGCGUCUCCAACAGUCAGCUCCUCCGAUGUUGGCUCAGAUGGAUACAUUCCAAUGAGCCCCACUAUGUCUGUCCCUCUGCUGACCAAUGGAAAAGCAGAAUCGCCUCUUCCUCCCGCCCCAGACAUGGAGCCUCCUCCAGUCAACCGCAGUCUAAAGCCCAGGAGGCGCUUGAGGCCUCCACCGCUUGACCUGAGGGGACUGUCCACUAUUCGUGAAUUUCCCACCCACCACCCGCUGAUUCGCACCAUGACAGAACCAGGCGUCUCAUCUCACUGUGUUCCGCUGGACAGACGGUGGGGGCGGGGCUUAAACGGCUCCGAACAGGAAGGAAGUGUCAUGCCCACGACGUUGGUGACUGGUUGUGACUCCGCUCCUUGGCUCAGGCCCUCUCAUCUGGAUUACCUGUCACUGGACUUUAACUCUGCCUCCCCCUCGCCGGUCCAGAAGAAGCCCUUGCUGGAUGAGCAGCGGGUGGACUACGUUCAGGUGGAUGAGAAGAAGACUCAAGCACUUCAGAAUACCAAGACAGAGUGGAAGGACAUCCGGCAGUCCAAAGUAUAAAACUCAGCAAGAAAGGACCAGAACAAAAUCACACAGGCCCAAAGCCUUCUUGGAAAUGGAAAAAUGCAGUAAAAAGAAAAAAAGAACUAAAGACUGAUUUAUUUAAAAUGUGCACUCGCGCUACUGAACGUACAGGAAUACUCCAGAGGUUUCAGCCUAAUCUCUGUCUGCUGCAGCUCUAGUGUAGGACUGAUAAACACAGAUAUUCAUUUCAAAAGUCUCUGAGGUAAAACGUUUGCUGACACAAAACUUUCUUAUGACGGAAGCCAGUGCACAGUUCUGUGAAUGUUCUGCGAAUAUAGAUUUCAACAAGGUGGAAUAGUCUUCUGAGAGAAUGUCUUCUCAAAACUGUUAUUAUGACAUUUUAUCUAACAUUCUAUCCAGCAACUAGAGUACGAAACAGUCAAUACAGUAAUUACAAUACAAUAGUUUUGCUGCCUUGGAUAUUUUUUAAUAUCUGAGUAAGUCUUAGAACCAGUGACAUAGACAUUAUUAUCAAGGAGGAAGUAUAAAUAUGCAUUGAUAACCAAUCAAAGUCAGGAGAAAGUCUUAGAACCAGUCACACGUUGAUAACCAAUGAAAGUCAUGAGGAAGUCUUAGAACCAAUGACAUGACAGGAAUGACAGGAAAUUAUGACCAAUCAAAAUCAGGAGAAAGUCUGCCUUCAAGUCGUGUCGGAAUUAUUGUAUUUUUGAGAGCACAUGAACAUGAAUUUUUGGAUAUUUAGAUAAGUCCAGAGUUUCCCAGUUGGUGGUGUGUCAGUAACAAAAGGUCAGUAAAUUAAAUUAAUUUAUUUACAUUGAUAAAAUAAAUUCAAUAAAUUGAUGCAAACAGUUCAUAUUGUAACCUGCUUAACACUUAAACACUUGCAGGUUGUUAUUAGCUAACUAAAAAAAUCACUAGCAAUAUGUGAAAAAGCGUAAAAGUCUAGUAUGAUUCACGGUUCUAAUGGGUAAAAAACACCACUCACCUAAUGUGUAUCUUAUUUGCUUCAUUCUCUUGGAGUAGUGCAAAAGAAAUCUACAGUUUUUUUUAUAAAAAUAUACCAUAAGUUUAAACAAAAGGACUUUCCUAAUGUCGUCCAUUUCCACCUGACAAAAAAAAAAAAAAAACACUUGAACACAUGUCAAGUCAUUACAACCUGCAACCUUGUAAGUAGAAAUUUUCAAGGAGGACUUGAAGGCAGCAUUAGAAGCAGUCGCACAGUGAUAAGCAAUCAAAGUCAUGGCAUAUGAAAUUAUGACCAAUCAAAGACAGGAGAAUUUCUUACAACUAUGUAUGUGGUCAUUAAAAGCAAUCACAUUCAGUAGGGGACUUAAAACCAAAAACACAGUGAUGAGGAGUUCAAUUGAGUCCAGUCUACAUUACAUACAAACUCAAACUCCUGCAUCAUUUGGGCGUAAAUAUAUUGUUUACAUUGUAUAUAUAUAUAUUGUCCAUAGUAGUCAGUGCCUCACUACAGAGCAGAAAGAGAGUAGGCUGAAAAACACCGGAGUGUUUCUAUCAUUUACUCUCAGUCAGUGGGUGUAAGUGCAAUCUGAGUCUACAAAUACAGAAGAGUGGAAUCAGUUACAUAUUCCUCAGUUUCAGGUACAGACUACUGCAUUGUAGGGGCGGGUGGGUGGUGCAGUCGGGAGAUUUACGACAAACUCAUUUUAACAGUGACUUUAGGGGUGGAUUUAUUUCAGAUUCACAACUAGUUUUGGCAUUAAAGCGGUUAUAUCACUGUAAAAGCACCUCAGCCACACACUGUGAAUAGAAUUUUCAACUUGGAAUUGAUAAUUCCACAGCAUUGCUUUGUUGCUCCAACAUGAACUACUGCUGCAGCUCCGUCGAUUCGUAAAUAUAAAAGAAACUAUGCUGGCCACUUUAUUAGAAAAACACUUUAAUAUCUACCAUAAAUGACCUUUACAGUACAUAGGUGAACAUUGUUCUGUAUAUGUAUUGUUGUAUCAGCACCCCAUUCAUCAGUGGUCAGUUUCUGACAACGGUUUCUGUUAUCCAGAUAUUGUUGAAAUGACGUUCCAUUUUUAGCACAGCAGCCUCACAUACAAUUGUACAUGGUAAAACUGAUGGAUUAAGCUAACUCAAAAAAAAAUUAUGUUGUAAUGCUUUAAGUUUUAAUAAUUGAAAUUAUUUGAGCUUAAAUAUCUGAGUACAAACAAUGCACUGGUAACUGAAUUCAAGAUCCAGAUUCUAAGGUAGAUCCACUCUUAGCAGUAGAAAAAAGGUUUAACUUGGAAAAAUUAAGAGACCAUUUCAGUUUCUGAAUCAGUUUCUCUGAUUUUGCUAUUUAUAAGUAAAUGUUUUAGUAAAAUGAACAUUGAUGUUUUACUUUAUAAACUACAGACAACGUUUCUCCCAAAUUCCAAAAUAAAAUAUUGUCCUUUAGAGCAUUUAUUUGCAGAAAAUAAGAAAUGACUGAAAUGACAAAAAAGAUGCAGAGCUAUCAUAUCUCAAAUAAUGGAAAAAAACAAGUUCAUAUUCAUAAAGAAUAACUCUGGUUUUUAAUCACAGUUUUUAUGCAUCUUGGCAUGUUCUCCUCCACCAGUCUUACAUGCUGCUUUUGGAUAACUUUAUGCCAGUCCUGGUGCAAAAAUGCUUUUUUCCAGAGAUGUAUAUUACAAGUAAACCCAAUAAACUUAUAGGAGUUGGCAGCCUGGGGAAGGGGGAAACGACUACAUGCUGAUGGUGAUUAAACAGCGGUAAAGACAUAAUCAAUAUGCAAAUACAUAGGAUCAGGAUCAAUGGGAAAAGUGUGAGUUUUACUCAUCAAGUUUACGCUUUCAAAUAUAAGGGACAUACUAAUGGUCACCAUAUUUUAUUAGAACAAAUUAGAUCACUAGAUUCAGUUUAACUCAACCGAAUCAGUUUAUCUUAUGAUCUUAUUAACAGGGUAUGCUUACACAAAUAUGUAAGAGUGUGAGUGUGUAUCUCAUGAUAUUUAUUUUGAGUUCAAUUGACUUAAGAAGAGAUAAGUGAUCUCUGUAGUAUUUAAGUUAACAAAAUUCAAUAGUAGGGCAGAGCAUUGUGUUGUUAGGGGUUUCACAUGUCAGUAUCAGAGCUAUGAUUGACUAUCAACAUUAUCCAACCAAGAGCUGUUCUGUGAUCAGAAACUGACCACUGAAGAAGCUCUACAGGAGGUUCUACCCAAACUGUACAUCAACAGUUGGGCUGCAUAACUGUCUAAUCGUCUUAAUUGUACACCAGCAUGGUAUUGUUGAAAAUAAGAGGUUUCUGAUAAAGUGGCCAGGGUGUGUAAUGUGCUGCUUUUUAUUUUCUUUCUGUUUUAAGACUGAGAUAUUAUAAGUAAAUGCCUUUCUGAUGCCAUUACGAACUCUGAACAUCGACCACUGUGGGGACGGCUACGAGCUGUGACUAUAAAAACUACAAAAGCUACAAAGUAGUGAAACAUUCACCGCAGCACUUCAAAAAUAGCGGCAUAUGCAUUAAAACGAAUGCACUGAAAAGUUAAAUGGUGAUAAAGUGAUUGUGUGACAGAUUGAUGUUUAGUUUAAUGUUCAUAAAUGUUUACAGCAAGUCAUACUUAAGCAAUAAUACAAGAGAGGGAGUGCUAUAACGUGUAAUAUUGGCACUGCUGUGCUGAUCUAGGCACUUGGCCUAUAACCACUGCCAAUAAUACACGUUAUACCACUCCCUCAUGUGCAUUAUUGUGAUUAUACCACAGUUCCAUUAUUGCUGUUUGUUGAAAGAUUUUGGCAGAGUAAUACAUGGAGAGCUUCGGUUACAGUACAUUACUGGCUGAUGACGGCACUCACAGAACGCCUCUCAGCCAAUCACAUCGCAUGGUCGGAACUAACUGUGGUAUAAUUUGUCUUAAAGCACACCCACUAGUCUGUGCCAUUUUAACAAAGACCUGGAUACAGUUUGGGUGGAUUAUAGAUAUGUUUUCACAGAAAAGUUUAGCGUGAAUGUUGACUUCUUCUGUUUGUUAACAACUUUAGCUUUAAAGCUCCAGCGCAAAAUUGUCCAUUUUAGUUUCGAGUAAACUGAAGGAGGCCUCAGAUAAAAACCAGGGUGAAAUGUAGUUGUAUGCAAAUUGUGUAACGCGUACGUUUGGCACUUCUCAGCCACUGUGAUUCUUCCGCUGAUUUGUUGUGGGAUGCAGUAGUUGUCCCUGCAGCCAGUGAUGUUUAGCGUCCGUAUUAACAAUGGCAUAACAGGGUCAGGAGCACUGUGGGUUGUGACACGCUUGUCUCUGAAGGUUAGGUCACUGCUGUUUCACGCUGUUACAUCAUUAUGACUGAAUCUAGUGUUCCGUAUUGAACUAAAGCACAAAUGUAACCUGCAGUACCGUCACUGUGAUGUCAUUAAUGUCAAAAAAAGCCAAAAAUGUUAAAGCUUUGUGUCCAUCUCAUGGAAGUUAAAGUGUCUGAGUGUGUUGUAUGAAUGUGUGUGUGUGUGUGUGUGUGUGUGUUAUGCAUGGCUUUGCCAACAGCAGGUAACACUCUAACUGUGUGCUCUACAUUUCAAAAUCAACUCACUAUUAAAACGAAAGUUCUCCAAAAAUAAACUAUGAAUAAAAAAAUAAACACCAA